AUGGCAACAGGAUACAACAACAGUGAAGACGGCUUAACAGGGAAACCAACUGGGUGUUUGAUGAACAUCUCCCCCGGAUCAACAAAGUACUGGACCCCACAGUGUGAAGCGGCCAAAACGCCUUUUGAGGGACAAGUGUUCACUACUUUGGAGGGAGGAAUUGAGUUCUACAAAGCUUAUGCCACUACUACUGGGUUUGAUGUGCGGCGCGCUUCCGAAAAAAGGGAUUGGCAAGGGCAAAUCACGUGGAAGUAUGUGUUGUGUUCACGUUCUGGCUUCAAACUCCCUACCGGCCAAGGGGACGGGGUAGGGGUGCUAUCAGCCGAAGACAAUGCCCCACCUAAAAGGCGCCGUGUCACGAAUAGGGUGGGGUGCAACGCUAAAAUAAUAUUUAAGAGAGUAAAGGACGGAAAUGGUUAUGAGGUAUCGGCAAUUGAGGAGCGCCACACCCACUUGUUGUGCACUGCAGUUUCUAGGCCCUUCAUGAAGGCAAACCGGAAGCUAGACCUUGGGCACCAAAACUUCAUCAUCAAUUGUGCCAAGGCAAAUAUCGGGUACACCAAAUCAUUUACACUAUAUGAAGAGAUGGUUGGAGGGUUUGAGAAUGUUGGAGCUACAGUAACAGACUUCGGGAAUUACAGAAGAGAUAUAAUGGCUUACAUAGAAGGCGCAGAUGCCCAAUUAGUGAUUGACAAGUACAUGGCAAAGAAAGAUGUGUCCACCGACUUCUAUUUUGCCCACGAUGUUGAUGAGCUUGACCAACUGUGUCGAAUAUUUUGGGCAGACCCACAAGCUCGCCACAGUUUCAAACUAUUCGGCGAUGUUAUGUCCUUCGACGCCACAUACAGUACAAACAGGUACAUACCACACCCUACACCUACAUUUAUGCUCUCAUAG